CCUGGCUCAGCAAUGACAUCCACUCUUCAGGAAUUCAUCCACUCUCUGAAUCCCAGAUCCCUCCCAAGGGUCCUUCAGAUCCAGUCAGGCAUCUAUUUCCAAGGUUCUAUUUAUGAAAUGUUUGGAAAUGAAUGUUCUCUAUCAACUGGAGAAGUGAUUAAAGUGAACAGUUUCAAAAUAAAGAAGGUCAUGGCUAACACUUGUAAUGAAAAUGAAGAUGGUCAAUGUUCUCCUAAAUUUGAACUGCCUCUAAAUUUUCCAGGUCUUUUCAAGAUUAUGGCUGACAGGAUACCAUAUUGUACAAUGGGUGACAUUACAAGAGCAGUUUAUAUCGGUCCAAACCGGCUAAGUCACCCUUGCUUCUACCAUCAGAAGGAUAUAAACUUGGGGAAUAUCACCAUCAACUCUGGUGAAGCCAUCAUGCUCAACUCCAUCGAAGAGAUCAAUGGAGAAAUGAUGGUGAACUGUGGAGUGGUAAGGGACAAUCAGAAUCAUUCAUUUACCAUACCUUUGUCACAAGAAGGAGACUUCUAUGAGUGUGAAGAUGAACAUAUGUAUACCCUAAAAGAGAUUGCAGAGUGGAAGAUUCCAAAGAGCAGGAAGCGGAUUGUGAAAUUUGCAGAUAAGUCGAAUAAGUGGAACUCCAUUUAUCCACUGCCUAAAGAUUUUGAUGGUUUGCUUAGUCUCACAGCCAUCUAUGAAAUACAGGCAGUGAUGAAAUUCCGAAAGGAUAUAGUUCGUAUCCUCUCUGACCUUGAUGUGGAAGUUAAAGAUAUAACUGACUGUUACGAUGCUAAGUGUUUCCUUCAGCUGCUAUCCACUGAAGACAUUUUUGAAAAGACUAGUAAGGAAUUCCCCAUGGCAGCUGAAGUGAUAGAAGGACCUGAAGGGAAUCCAUUGGCCAGUGGCUUACUGCGACCUGGGAAAACCAUCGUCAUCCACAAAAAGUACCAGGCGUCAAGGAUCUUAGCUACAGAGAUUAGAAGUGAUUCCCCCAAGAGACAUUUCUUGAUUCCAACUAGUUAUAAAGGUAAAUUCAAGCGGAGACCUCGGGAGUUCCCUACUGCCUAUGACCUGAAGAUAGUGAAGAGUGAUAAAGAGCAGCUCCAUGUGGUAGCCACGAAAGGCUUUGAUUCCCCUUAUGAGGAGUUGUCAUCUGUGUCUGUGGGGGACCAAUUUUUAGUUCAGAACUCACAGACCAGUGAAGUUCUCUAUGAGGGGAUCAAAAAGGAAGUGGAUGUUCUGGCUUGUGAAAAAAUCCUCAAAAAGGCCUAUGAGCCUGUUCUUUUACCUCUGGACAUGGAAGGCAGCUUUAUAGAAGUGAUUCAUGACAAGAAGCAGUACCAGCUUUCCAAGUUGUGUGCUCAAUUUCGCUUGCCUUUCAACGUCAAGGUCUCUGUGAGAGACCUUUCCAUUGAAGAUGACAUUUUGGCUGCCACACCUGGCCUGCAGCUGGAGGAAGAGAUCACAGAUUCUUAUCUGCUCAUCAGUGACCUCACUAACCCCAGUGAGAGCUGGGAAAUUCCUGUUAGCCGCUUGGGCAUGUCUGUCCAAUUGGUCAGCAGUACAGUUGAUGUUAUUGAUUCAUUUCCAGUCCGAACCGUUGUAGAAGAGAUCAGUGAAGAACAGUAUUACAUGAUGAGGAGGUAUGAAAACCUAGCCUUACACCCACCACCUCGGCCCCCCAAAAAAUCCUCCAUAAUGGAAAGGAAACCAAAUUUUCUUGCUCCUCCCAAGCUAAAUAUCAUGGAUCCACCAAAGUCUCCAAAGAGUCUCCAUGUAGAAACAGCCAAGAACCUGCACUCACAGCAAGCAACUGCCGCUUCAAAAUUACCAGUUAGUUGUCAAAUUGAUUUGACCCAUCCGGAGACAGAGCAGGAUGUGAUCAGGACAACUGCAUUAGCAGAAACCAGCAUGAUGAGAGCCUCAGCAAAAACUGUGCUCAUAAAAGAUAGUCUGGAAAGGAAGCUAAAGGAUGAGAAUGAUCAUAAACACAUCAAUGAAAAUUUAGUUGAGAAUGUAAAGCCAAAAUUACAGGAAAAGACCUUCCACAGUAAAGCCCACUCUUGAAGAAGAAACCUUCCAAAAUGACUAACAUCUGCAAUAAUGAGAAAUAACUGAAACCACUUGAAAAUUGAACAGAAAUAUUACAUGAAGAAAAGAUGCCUUACUUUUGUCUUCUGAGAAUCAUCUAAAGCUCAAAUCAAUUGUCAUUACAGUGGUCCCCUGGAGUAACUUGACUGACACACAUAGAAUAUUAAAAAUCCAGGAUAUAUAACAAGUUUGACCAUAAAACUUUACAAGAGAAACCUGUGGCCAGAAAUUAAUAUCUUCUACCUUUUAAAAUUGCAUUAUAAUUUAGGGACUAAUUUAUGAAAUUUGCACAUACAUUUCUUCCCUUGCAUAUUUUACGUAUAAUAUGAGUAAAUUUUUAAAGUAAUUACAUUACCCAAUUUUUUGGAACCUCAUAAAAUCGCCCUGAAAUGGAACACAAUUAGGAACGGACACCUCAAAACACUUCAUUCUAAAUUUCUUAAUCAUCAAAAAAUUCCUUUUGCUACUUCUCCAGUUUUUCUCUUUACUUUUGUUAAAUGGGGGGAAAGAAGAGUUUUUAACUUUUAUAAAGCAUGGUUAUGUGUGGAUAAUGUCUGAAAUUUUUAGCAAUUCUAUUUGCUAUCUUUUGAAUUGUGGGAAUGUAUUUUAUUUCAAUUUUUUGCCUUUUUUAAAAAAAUAAAGCACAAGAAAUUAAGUCUUAGGCUUACUAGCUAAAACUUUUCUAGGUCAUGGGCAUUCCCCAAGAUCAUGACUCAAGGAUGUGACCCAUUGCAGCUGACUAGCCAGGCUACAAUUUAGUCACAUUUCCCCCACUCCUUGCAAUUAUCCUUACUCUGAUAAAAUUA